UUUGCACCAGCCGCGUAUGUACCGGCCCCUCCUCGGCGGUAGAUAUGGUUGUGCCAAUGAGGGCUACGCUUCGUCUUAGGCGUUCUGAGAUCUCAGAUUCGCGAUACGAACACCCCACCAUCAAUAGGGGGGAAAUGCGAGUACAAAGAGGCAUAAAUAACCCCCUUCCGAGGAUGCCGUAGGUCUUUUGAUUUGAUCACUGCCCUCUUCAUCCUUCUCACGCUCCUUACGGAUCUGCCACUUCUAUCUGAACCAAUCAAAAACCAGAACAUCUUCCUCGUCGACACCAUGAGCGGAAACUUCAGCGGUCUGCUGAACCAGGCAGAGAGCUUCCUGAACAACCAGGGAGGUUCCAACAGCGACUCCAACCGGGGUAACAACUUCAACCAGGGCAACGACUCCUACCAGGGAAACAACUCCAACCAGAGCAACGACUCUUACCAGAGCAACGACUCUUACCAGGACAACAACUCCAACCAGGGCAACGACUCCUACCAGGGAAACAACUCCAACCAGAGAAACGACUCCUACCAGGACAACAACUCCAACCAGAGCCAGAACAACAGUAACAACAACAGCAACAGCAACAGCCAGGGUGGCUUCAGCGGCCUCGGUGGCUCCGCGGUUGAGAACCAAAUUGACCAGUUCGUCGACAAGGCCAUCGACGGACAGAUCCCUCAGGGUCUUGACUCUAGCGUCAACUCGUUUGUCAACCAGCAGAUCCACAGCCAGGUCAGCAAGUUCUUCUGAACAUGAGAUGAGAGCAUAACAUGGGUGUGGUUAUUUUUGGAAGAGGACACCAAGAUGCCCUUCAUUAUCUGAUGUGGAUUUAUUAGUCCCACUGCCCCGUCGUCUCUCUUACAAUGUUAUGAGG